AAUUUUGCAAAUUGUGAAUGGAAUCAGGACUGGUCCACAAAUUCCAAAAAAUGGCUCGGCUGAAGAGUACCAGCAACCUAAACGUCAGCGUUUCACAGAUGGACAAAGAGAACAACAGCAACAACCACCACUUGCUAUUGGGAGGAGAGUUAUUGUCACCGUCACGGCCUCCGCUGCCGCCGCUCCUCAGGUACCUCCGUAACAGGAGCGGUUCUCCACCUCUCCCUUUGUCGACGCUUGAUAACAUUGCCUGGUCGCCUAAUAAUAAUUCCCCCACUCAUUACGCCGUGACGCCGAUCAAGGUUGACGAGGACGGGACCCUUGUCAUGGAUGGGAUUUUUCUCCCCUCUACUGGAACUACUGCUGGAAGGUUCUCUAGGUCUUCUAUAUCUGCUACUGAUUCUAGUCCUUCCUCCUCGUCGUCAUCAGGUGGGAGGAGUGUGAACAAGACUGACAUUUGCCGCUCCUGGGAGGAAUCUGGAACCUGCCGCUAUGGCUUCAAAUGCCAGUUUGCACACGGAAAGGAAGAGCUACGUCCACCUCGUUUCUCUGCAAGGAACAAAUCUGACUUGAGCAUUAACAGGUCAAAGAGUCGCUUUCUUAACCAGAUCAUGGCAGUAGGAGGGAUGACAAUCCAAACAGAAUCACCUACCAAAUUAUCUGUAGACGACACCAGCUGCAAAAUCCCAACCACCACCAUUUCCAUCAUCACCAGCAGAGAUGACUGGUCACCCCAAGAUGAUGGCAUUGAGGUUGUACUGCCACAUUCUUCAACUGCAGAGCCUCCAUCACAGAAAGAUGUUGAUGCCUAUAUUCAUGGCGUCCUUUAUGGCCCCCCGAGAAAGAGACUGUCGGUGUUCGCUGAAAUUUGCUCAGAGUAGUGAUCUCAUUUGCUUAACAGGUCUCAUGAGCAAGGUAUAUGAUACACAUUCUCUAGGAACAAUAUAUACUAUACUUGGGACUCCUAAUAUUCUGUUUUCCACGUAUCCAGCUUUCAUUUCCUCAUAUAGCAGGUAACUGGAAUUAGACUGAUAGUCAUAUUAGUUGGCCAGGUACACACUUGUGUCUCAUUUUGCUGAUGAGACAGUUACUAUACUACCUUACAAACAAAUCACAUUUGGAUAAUUGGACUUGAAUGCAAUUUUCCUAAUUCUGGA